AUGGCAGAAGAGAGGGAACCGCCUCAAAAUGCUACAUUCAUGGCUAUACCAGCCGCUGGUCUCGCUCAAAUGCUCUCCACCUUGCAGGGCGAAGAAGGAGGUAGCGAUGCUAUCAACCCAUUUGCUUUUCUGACGCCUAGUAGUGGUGCAAUUCCUCUAUCAGCAUUACGGCACAAUCGGAGUAUGUCACAUGAAUCUGAGCCUGGGGAAAAUGAGAACCAGACUGCUACGGAAGAGGAAAAGCGGGAGGCGGAAGAGAAGUUGGCCAAAGUGUACGAACGCUUUGAUUUCGAGCCUCUUUGGGAGCGCUUGGGCGAAGCCCUAGCUCGACUUCACAGUGACCCUAGUUCUGCACAGGUGCUUCUGCCUACUAUUGAGAGUUUGAUGGUCGUGUCGCAGCAUGUAAUGCGUUCGCAAGCGCCAGACGAUGAUCCUUUGAUUGAAGCACCCACCUCUGAGCCUGGAACACGUCGAGCCAAAAUGGAAAGUGAUUUCUACGCAUUCACAGAGAAACAUCGCAAGAUCCUUAACUUGAUGGUGCGCCAGAAUCCAUCUUUGAUGUCGGGCUCGUUUGCGUUGUUGGUGCGCAAUCCCAAGGUGCUCGACUUCGAUAACAAGCGCAACUAUUUCUCACAACAGCUUCACAAGGGUCGUCGAGAACACUAUACCCCUCUUUCGCUGACAGUUCGGCGCCAGCAUGUGUUUUAUGACAGCUUCCAGUACUUUAACCGAAAGUCUGGGCCCGAGAUUAAGCAUGGCAAGCUGAAUGUGCGCUUCCACAACGAGGACGGUGUGGACGCAGGUGGCGUUACCCGCGAAUGGUUCCAGGUACUUUCGCGUGAAAUGUUCAAUCCGGAUUAUGCAUUGUUUCAGCCAUGUGCAGCAGACCGUACUACGUAUCAGCCGAACCGUAUGAGCUCUGUAAACGAUAUGCAUUUGUCGUUUUUCAAAUUUAUUGGGCGUGUGAUUGGUAAAGCGAUUUACGAUGGACGGUUGCUGGAUGCCUACUUUACACGCAGCUUCUACAAACAUAUUUUGGGACGCAGUGUCGACUACAAAGACUUGGAGGCGGUUGACCCUGAGUACUACAACAGUAUUGAAUGGAUGUUGCACAAUGAUAUCACGGAUGUGCUGGAUCUCACGUUUACCGUCGAAGAUGAGGUGUUCGGUGAGACUCAAGUGGUGGAGCUUAAGCCUGAUGGUGCUUCGAUCCCAGUAACCGAGGAAAACAAGCACGAAUAUGUGCGUCUUGUGACGGAGCAGCGCCUUACCAAUUCGAUCCGCUCGCAAAUUGAUGCAUUCUUGGAUGGGUUCCACGAGAUUAUUCCGCGAGAGCUCAUUAAAUUGUUUACGGAGCAGGAAUUGGAAUUGCUCAUCUCUGGUUUACCUGACAUCGACGUGGAUGAAUGGAAGAACAACACGGAACUUCAGGGCUACAAUUCCAGUGAUCCUAUGAUCCAGUGGUGGUGGCGUGCUGUACGUUCGUUCGACCAGACAGAGAAGGCCAAACUUUUGCAGUUUAUUACAGGUACGUCCAAAGUACCGCUGGAAGGCUUUGGCCAGCUGCAAGGUGUGAAUGGCACACAGCGCUUUAGCAUCCAUCGUGCAUUUGGCGAAGACCGUUUGCCAGCCGCUCAUACCUGCUUUAACCAGUUGGAUUUGCCAACUUACGAUUCGUACGAAAAACUGCGCAGUCAGCUGCUACUGGCCAUGAACGAAGGUGGCGAAGGCUUUGGUCUUGCGUAG